GGACAGUACGCGAGCAAUAGCGGUACAUUCUCUCCAAAAUUGAUAAGGCGAGUAUGAAGACUUGGCUGUCCCCUUCGGACUCGGUGUAUGUCGUGAUUGCAAAAUUUUUCAGGUCUCGGGCUAUUACGAUCACAAUACAAGAGCCCAGGGUCAGAACAUCUGCCUCCGUGUCAUGGAUUGACCUAAUGGCCGAACCUGGCAAGGUCAUCAAAAGCUUGCUGCAUGGGCAAUUCAAAGGUUGAGACUGCUUUAAAUGGUAUUUGGCUCUCCAUCCGAGUGGUGCCUCUGCAAUGUGACGGUUGACAUGCGAAGCAGUCACUGACCGCCGUAAACCUUUCAGAAUCAAACACUCGAAGUGAUACUGGUCGAGACUCUCGGGACUCCCUUAACAUCGCGGGUCUGUCCAUGGCAAGACUCAGAGGCGCCAGGAACAGGGAAAUCGAUAAGGGCCCUUGCGCUAGUCUCGCAGCUUCGUUCUUGCCAUUCACCAGCGGAGCCUAGCUAGCGGUGAUCAAAGACGGUUUGGAGCAUCAGAAGACAAGCGGCAAAAUUAUGGGAACCUGUAUGCAAACUACAAGUACGCGUAUACUGUCUCUCGACCGAACAUGGAAUACCUUGUUUACAUUCUCUAUUUCGAGCCUACAAUCUACAACACUGGUGUUCCUCAUACGACGCUUUGCGGCUGAUACGUGGCUGUGCUAGAAUGCUGCGCUUCCACACGAUAUAUCCUAAAGUCAUAUCCGACUCAGAUUCCCAGACACCUUUCCUGAGGCUUACCUUGACGACGAGUGACGGCCACGGCCAGCGGGGAUUUUUAACCUGAACCAUUCUAUUAUUGUUCUAUGACGCUUGAUGGUGUUAUAUGCAAUCUUUCAUAGUAAUGGGAUCGCCGCGUCGGCGAAUGCUCCAAGCCAACUGGCUAUCCGUCUAGUCGCUCUUUACUGCAGACCGUAGUCUUUCCAUUCUUUCAUAUAACUUCUGUGACUUAUGGCACGCGAUCCACAUGCAUUUCACUUCAGAGGAGACUUGAAACCUCAAGCAGCUUCUCCCGGGGUGCCCUCUUUCUGUAGCGUCGCGAGCUCGUCAACCGUGAGCGACAUAUCCUAUACCUCGACUCUAGGCGACAAAGAGAACAGACCCCUUCCGCCUUCUCUUGCGGAUAAGUUCGCAAUGUCCCCCGACCCAUCUUCUUGGGGUGGUAAUGUCUCGAUGGACAUACGUGAAGCAGACGAUCACCUCCAUAAUCCAGAUCCUAGGCGAGACAAGAAUUUUGAUCAAGGAGAUACGAUUUCUAGCGGUCGCGGUGCGGCAAACCUGGGUUGUUUGCUAUUCCUUUGUCUCGGAAUAGUGACACUCUUUGCUGGCUACCCUCUUAUCGAUCACUUUACCAAGAACCCUAUGUCUACCAAUGGCGGAUUUAACUUGGGAGGAAUCAACGGUACCGGACAAGUCCCUUCCAUGACGGGAAAUUGGGGACUCAUCGACUUAGAUACGCCGCAGGAUGCUUACACUAAGCCUGACUAUGUUUCGGGCAAGGACUGGCAACUCAUUUUCAGCGAUGAAUUCAACGUCGAGGGGCGCACCUUCUAUCCAGGAGACGAUCCCUACUGGGAGGCUGCUGACCUACACUAUUGGCAAACGGGCAACAUGGAGUGGUACGAUCCAUCCGCCCUUAUGACCCGCAAUGGUUCCCUGGAGAUCACUUUAUCUGCGACACCUAAUCAUGGGCUGAACUACACUGGUGGUAUGAUGUCAACGUGGAACAAGUUCUGCUUCACUGGCGGCUUGGUGGAGGUAUCUGUCGUGCUCCCCGGAAUAAACAAUGUCGCCGGGCUUUGGCCCGCUAUCUGGACUAUGGGUAAUCUGGGCAGGGCUGGUUAUGGUGCAAGUCUCGACGGCAUGUGGCCUUACACAUAUGACGCAUGCGAUAUGGGCACUGUUUCCAAUCAAACCAUAAAUGGGCUCCCGGCUGCUGCUACUGUCAAUGGUGACAAGGAUCACGAUGGCAUUCUGUCCUUCCUACCGGGACAACGCCUCUCUCGUUGCACUUGCCCUGGAGAAUCUCAUCCUGGUCCUGUGCAUGUCGAUGGCGCUUAUGUUGGCCGAUCCGCUCCUGAAAUUGAUAUAUUCAAAGCGCAGAUCACCGGAGAUCCGCCUUCGGGGCAGGUAUCGCAGUCUGGCCAGUGGGGGCCUUUCAAUGCCAAGUAUGAAUGGUUUCAUACACCAGAUAACCUUAUCAUUGCCAACGCAUCCAAGAGUAUGCUGAAUCCUUACAAAGGUGGCGUCUAUCAGCAGGCAACAUCAGUUGUAACAGAAACGAAUCAGGAAGCAUAUGAAGGCACUGGAAAUGUGUAUUCUGUUUAUGGUGUACAGUGUAAACCAGGCUUUGACGACGCCUAUAUUUCAUGGAUUUCCGACAGCCAACUGGCUUGGAUGCUGAAGCAACCAGGCGCGGCUGCUGAUCCCCGAGUUGAGAUCAGCACUCGUCCUGUUCCACAAGAACCAAUGUACCUCAUUGCGAAUCUCGGCAUGUCCACGAAGUUUGGAUUUGUCGACGUCGAAAACUUGGACUUUCCUGUUACCAUGAAGGUUGAUUGGACCGCGUCUAUCAAGAUCCUGACGUGCUCAACAUUGGCUGCGACCCUGAAGACUUCCCUACCGCUGCGUAUCUCAAACAGUAUGAGGAGGCAUACACUAACGCCAACUUGACCACCUGGAAGGAUGAUUAUAAGCAACCUUUUCCGAAGAAUUCAUUUCUCAGUCAAUGCUGAACUUUAAUCCAACAUUUGGAUGCAACCUAACCUACUUUGACAUUUCUGCCCCCUGUUCCCAAACUUACAUCCUUACGAAAGACUCGUCGCGUGAGAAAACGAUAAGGGAGAAUAUUAGACAUCUC